CGGAAUAGACCCUGGGAGGGCGGGGGAAGCCAGGAGGAGCUGCCGCCAUCAGGUUUCUGCUUUAGAUUAAUUUCCUGUUUUCUUCUAAUAAAAAUAUCCGCAGCGCUGCUGCCUGCAGCAUAGAGCUAGAGUCCAUAGAAGCAGAGCCAUGGAGGAACUGCUGAGGCGCUUUGAAACGGACAGUGGAGGAAGCUCCAGGCUGAGCUCCUCCAUCCCCGCUGCCUGCCGCUCUGAGGACUGCUGCCUGGGGGUGGAUGAAGCCGGCAGAGGGCCUGUCCUCGGGCCCAUGAUCUAUGGGAUCUGUUUCUGUCCACUUUCUAAGAAGGAGGAACUGAAAGACCUGAAAGUUGCAGAUUCAAAGACUUUAACUGAGGCUGAAAGAGAGAAUCUGUUCCAGAAAGUGGAUGAAGCUCAGAGCUGGCUGGGCUGGGCGGUGCAGAUCCUUUCUCCUAACAUGAUCUCCACCAGCAUGCUGCAGCGGACUAAAUACAACCUGAACGCCCUUUCUCAUGACACCGCCAUUGCUCUGAUUCAGCACGCGCUGGACAGCGGCGUUCAACUCAAAGAGGUUUACGUGGACACCGUGGGCCCGGCAGAGAAGUAUGAGCAGAAGCUCUCCCAGCGGUUCCCAGGCGUCCAGGUGACCGUGAGGCCCAAAGCCGACUCCCUCUUCCCUGUGGUCAGCGCCGCCAGCAUCUGUGCCAAGGUGGCCAGAGAUCGGCUGGUAAAAGGCUGGACCUUUGCAGAGGAUCUGGGCGAGAUGGACAGCGAUUACGGUUCAGGAUACCCCAACGACCCUAAAACCAAAGAGUGGCUGCUGAAGUACCUGGACCCGGUGUUUGGUUACCCUCAGUUUGUUCGUUUCAGCUGGAGCACAGCUCAGACUCUCAUGGACAGCAGGGCGGUUACCGUCCACUGGGACGAUGAUGAGGAGGAUGGAGAGAAGGCGGCGCAGAGGCAGAACAAUCGCUCCAUGUUGUCUUAUUUCAGUUCAUCAGCAGAGGGCGCCAGAGGGCAGCAGACACACCGCUUCUUCACUGAACGGAGGCUGAAGAGCUUAACGUCCCUCUGAAAGCUUUUAAAAGUUCAUUUACAGGAUAAUCUUCUGGAUUUAACAGCAUAAAACAUCAAUUACUGAUUUAUCAUCUGAAUAAAUAUUUUUUAUUUACAUAAAAAAUGCAAA